AGGAGUUGGGUGUUCCUUGUUUCAUUGAAACCACCGGAGAGAAAGAGAGAGAUUAUGGCGGAGGGGCAAUCCCCGGAGAACUCACCGCCGGCUCCUCCUCCUCCUUCUCCUCCCUCUUCCAACGAUCAACAAACAACAUCUCCUCCUCCUCCCGACAAUCAACAAACAACAUCUCCUCCUCCUCCAUCUUCACCUGACAUAGCUCCUCCACCUCAACAACAACAAGAAUCACCACCUCCUCCUUCACCGGAAAAUCCAUCUGAUGGUUCUUCCUCUUCGCCUCCACCACCACCGUCUGACUCCUCCUCACAAUCACAAUCUCCACCACCUCCUUCACCACCGCAGCAAAGUGACAACAAAGGAAACAAUAACGACAAUAAUAACAAAGGAAAUGACGGAAGCAGCGGCGACGGAGGGAACAAGAACGCUUCCCAUACUCCUCCAUCACCACCUUCUAAGACUUCUGACCAUAGCUCUCCCUCGCCACCUAAAUCUCUGGCACCACCUGCAAGAGACGGUAGCUCGAAUUCCUCAAGUAACGAUGGUCGGAACAUGGGUGCUGUUAUAGGACUUGUGGCUGCAGCUGGACUUUUGUUCCUUGUCAUGAUUUUGUUAUGUGUCUGUUGUUCACGGAAAAAGAAGAAGAAAUCAAAGCUUGAGCAGAUGCCGUACUAUGGAAGCAAUGCUUACGCCGCUGGCAAAAGUGGGAAUGAUCAAUAUUUCAAUAGUGUUGCUACACAACAGCAACAACACUACAACCAAAAUGAUCACAUUGUGAAUCUGCCUCCACCACCUGGAUCAAUGGGAACAAAUUGGGUGAAUUCACCUCCCCCACCACCACUUCCAGGAAAUUGGCAGCCAAUGCCGUCGCCACCAGCACCGAUGUCAGGAGGCGUAAAUGUUAUCCAUAGCGCCGAGAUGGGCUCAAAUUUCUCAUCAGGUCCAUACGCUCCAUCUCUACCACCGCCUCACCCUUCAGUAGCUUUGGGAUUCAACCAAAGCACAUUCACUUACGAGGAGCUCGCUGCCGCAACUCAAGGUUUCUCAAAAGACCGUUUGUUGGGACAAGGCGGGUUCGGAUAUGUUCACAAAGGAGUCUUACCAAACGGUAAGGAGAUUGCGGUGAAGAGCCUUAAAGCCGGAAGCGGGCAAGGCGAUAGAGAGUUCCAGGCAGAGGUUGAGAUCAUCAGCCGCGUUCAUCAUCGACAUCUUGUGUCUCUUGUCGGAUACUGCAGUAAUGCUGGAGGACAGAGGAUGUUGGUCUAUGAGUUUCUCCCUAAUGACACACUUGAGUUCCACCUUCAUGGAAAAAGUGGGAGUGUGAUGGAUUGGCCAACGAGACUCAAGAUUGCCUUAGGAUCAGCCAAAGGUCUUGCUUAUCUUCAUGAAGAUUGUCAUCCUAAAAUCAUCCAUAGAGACAUUAAAGCUUCAAACAUUCUCCUUGACCUUAACUUCGAAGCCAAGGUUGCAGAUUUUGGUUUGGCUAAGCUUUCUCAAGACAACAACACACAUGUGUCGACUCGGGUCAUGGGAACAUUCGGAUACUUAGCUCCUGAAUAUGCAGCGAGUGGGAAACUAACAGAGAAAUCAGAUGUUUUCUCUUUCGGAGUUAUGCUUCUUGAACUCGUAACCGGGCGCAGACCGGUUGAUCUAAGUGGUGACAUGGAAGACAGUUUGGUCGACUGGGCGAGACCAUUAUGCAUGAACGCAGCACGUGACGGAGAUUAUAGUGAAUUGGUUGAUCCAUUCCUUGAGAACCAAUACGAGCCUUACGAGAUGGCACGCAUGGUGGCUUGUGCUGCUGCAGCUGUAAGACAUUCUGGUCGUCGCCGCCCAAAGAUGAGUCAGAUUGUUCGAACGUUGGAGGGUGAUGCUUCGCUGGAUGACUUAGACGAUGGUGUGAAACCGAGACAGAGUUCAAGCGGAGGUGAAGGCAGCUCAGACUAUGAGAUGGGAACAUAUGGUGCGGAGAUGAGGAAGUUUCGGAAAGUGACAGUGGACAGUCGUGAUUACGGAGCAAGUAGCGAAUACGGUGCCACUAGCGAGUACGGGCUUGACCCGUCAUCUUCAAGCAGCGAGGAGAUGCACAUUGGAGGAAGCACUAAAAAAACUACUAGCCGUGGGAUUUAAAUUACAUAAACCAACUAAUCAAAACUUGUUGGACUGAGAAAUGUAUGUAAUUGUUGGAUGUGAUAUGUGACUGUUGGAUGUAAUUGUUUGUU